UUGAAUAAAAUCAUUAAGUUAACAGUUAAUAAAAAAAUAUAAUUAUUAAGAAACUUAAUAAUUCAUAAAUAAUAAUAAUAAUGAAUUCAUUUUCUAAUAUAAUAUUAUUUGUUGUAAUUUGUUUAGUUAACUCCGAAAAUGUUUCCCGAACUUUGCGCCUAAGCAGUGGCUAUAACUGUCCACUAGUAGGCAUAGGAUGCGGUGGCUACCGAACAGGUGGUCCACCGCAGGGCAAAGUAGUCAUACAAAUGAUCAACGAUGCAGUAGAUGUCGGCUACAAACACAUAGACACUGCCAGCUCUUACCUGAAUGAGGCGGCGAUAGGUCAGGCCAUCAAUGAUUUGUUGGACAGAAAUGUUAUUCAACGACAUGAACUGUUUGUCACCACAAAGAUUACCUACAGUUCAAGCAAUACCAGUGCUGAAGCCUUGCAUGGCGUGCGAGUGGCGCUCCAGAAGCUAAACCUAACUUACUUGGAUCUCAUGCUUCUUCACUCUCCGGCCAGUGAUGAAAUCAAUCGUCAGGUGUGGUCGGGUCUGGAGGAAGCAGUCCAACAAAAAUUGGUUCGAUCUAUAGGUGUAUCAAAUUUCAAUAUCAAACAAUUGGAAACUUUAUUAAAAACCAGUCCCCGAAUCGUACCGGCUAUCAAUCAAGUGGAAAGUCAUCCUCAACUCAAUCAGCAGCCGUUGAUAGACUACUGUACCAAACAGGGCAUACAUCUCACCGCUUAUUCACCAUUAGGUGCCGGAACUCUUAUUAAAGAUCCGACGAUAACGGCUAUCGGUAAACGAUAUAACAAAACGGCGGCUCAGGUAUUGAUCCGAUAUGAAGUCCAGAGAGGUAUAAUCGCAAUACCAAAAAGCUUGAAAAAGAAUUACAUUAAGGAAAAUAUCGAUGUCUUUGACUUUGAAUUGACCACCGAUGACAUGAAAACAUUGAAUGAUAUGAAAUAAAUUUAAUAAAUA